AUGUCGAUUGUGGCCGAUCAGGUCCGCCGUCUGGAUGCACGGAUAGACCGCGUCUCUCUGGUGCCCCUGACGCACGCCCAGGACCAAGAUGUCGAACUGCAGACCGUCGACGGCGCGACGGCCUCGGCGCUGGCCUCGCCUCGCCUCAACGAACUGCUGGGCAUCGUCAAGGCCCUGUCGUCCGGAUCUGUCUCGGGCGCCCAUCUCUCGUCGGCGCGAAUCCAGAGGUUACUGCGGCAGUCCGGGCUUGCGGAAGAACUUUCGGUGGAACACCUCGAGGCCAAGUCCCACUAUGAGACUGACGUAGAGUGGCUCCUGGUGGGAAAAGCCACUGUGCAGACCUACGGCCUUCUAAUGAGCACCCUCCUUGACCAGAUCGUGCCCUUGAGCGACGACAUCUGGUACUGGGACGAGGUCCUAUCUUCGUACCCGUACAGCUUUGCAUACACCGUACAGACGUCGCCGCUGCGCAUGUGGAGAUGGUCGAAAGAGGUCUACUUGGACAGCGUAGACCGCUUCCAACGCUUGUACCGGGAUGAAUUAACCGCCCAAGCGUCUGAGACGGACGACCUGUUGUCGACUCAGACGGAUGGAAGUGGUGCCGGCCGGAAGACCAGAAGGCUCCAGGCUCUGUAUCCGUCGUUGUCGAGACACUGGCGCCAGUUUUACGGUAUCGUAAGGCAAAGCGUCGCCGAGCGGUCUAUCGCAGACAUACAACGCAAGAUUCUCUCUCGAGUGGACAUCGGCCGCUCAGAGGCCCGCAGCAAGCAGAAACGACUACGAAGACUGCGGGAACUAACCGCCACCGGACUGGGCGUGCUUCUAGACGAGGGACUCAACUUCGGCAUCACUGAAGACACGCACAGUGACGAAUGGAAAGGACUUCUGGAGCGGAGCGUUGCCCUCAUGGACAUGAUACUGCAAUCUGUCCUCUUCCUGGAUCUCUCCGUCUCUGAAUUCGAAGACAAGGUCUUCGCCGGCGUCGAAGAGGAUCCGGAACUCUCGGUCCACACCGAGGACGCCCAUCCAGCCGAAAGACCCGCUGUUCUCGCGCGUCGGUUGCUCGGGCUGCUGGAACAAGGUCUGCCCAAUCACCGGGCCGCCGUCGAAGACCUCGCCCGCGAGCAUGGACGGCCGUCAUGGCUGGUCAGAUAUUGGCUCCCGGCUGCUGCCCUCCUCGUCUCAUCUUCCACAAUCCUCCGCAUCCUCGUUAUCAAGCAAGACGACAUUAUCAACUGGAUCCGCAACUUCGGCACGACCGUACGCGACUUCUGGUUCAACUGGGUCGUCGAACCAGUCCGCAAGGUCAUCGGCACAAUUCGGCACGACGCCAACAGUGAGAUUGCCAUCAUGAGCCGGGACAGCCUCAAGGCCGACCGCGACAGCCUCGAGAGGAUGGUAGUGGAGUUCGCCAUCGACAACCCCGAUAUCGCCGUCGGUAGCUCAUCUAUCACGGAGCUCGAAAUCGGCGAGAUCCGGUCCAAGGUCAAGGAGGGAGAUGUGACGCCAGUCCUUAAGGCGUACGAGAAGGACCUGCGGCGGCCUUUGGUGGGCGCCAUAAGAGGCGACCUGGUUCGAUCGUUGCUCAUUCAGGUCCAGAAGACCAAGGUCGAUCUUGAAGUGGCGAUCAGCGGCAUCGAUGCGUUGCUGAAGAGCCAGGAGUUAGUGUUUGGUUUUGUCGGACUUACUCCUGGUGUUUUAGUCUCGAUCGGUGUGUUCCAAUACCUCAGGACGCUCUUUGGCAGCCGCAAGGGCAUGCGCCAAGGCCGGCGUAUCCGGCGUAGCGUCCGCGUGCUGAGGAGGAUUGAUAGGAUCCUGUCCGAGGCGACGACUUCGCAGAACAACAUCAUAUCUUAUCGUGACCACGGCCUCUUGGUGUGUGAGGUUCACGUGCUGCGCGGCCUGGCGCAUGGUGUUCUGCCAGGUGACAUCGAAAAGGAAUUCAUAGAGGAUUUGGAUGAGCUGGCGAACCUCAAAGGGAUUCAGGUACAGAUGAAGGCGUUGGAGAGGAUCCGGUGGGCGUACGCCGAGUGGUUGAGCAAGAUGAAAUAG